AUGUCGUCCGGAACAAUCACGCUGUUUCAUGGAAAAUUCAGGCUGGAUCGCCUCCUGGGCAAAGGCGGGUUUGGGGAGGUGUAUGCCGGGGUGCAGGUCUCCACCGGCGAGCCAGUCGCGGUGAAGCUUGAGCGGAACAGGGGCUGUUGCUUCCUGUUUCAUGAGGCUCGCGUCAUGCAAGACCUACAGAACUCCACGCCAAACCGCUCCAUGCUUGGAACCCCGGAGCUCAAGUACUUUGGUCAGGAAGGGGACUUUAGGAUCCUCAUCAUGUCACUGCUGGGGCCGUCGCUAGAGGACCUGCACGCCAAGCUUGGACGCUUCUCACUUAAAACGACCGUGAUGCUCGCGGAUGAGAUGCUGUCGCGACUGGAGUUCAUCCACUCCGUUGGGUACGUGCACCGAGACUUAAAGCCAGAUAACUACCUCUUGGGCGUGGGUAGAAACGCGCGCCACCUCUAUCUAAUUGAUCUGGGGCUCAGCGUUUGCUACCGCUCCUCCAACGGCAAGCAUCGCGAGAUGGCAACAGGGAAGGGUUUUGUUGGUACCUCACGCUAUGCAUCCUUGCGCACACACAUGGGUUUCUCGCAGAGCCGCCGCGACGACAUGGAACAGCUCUCGUAUAUACUUAUUUACCUUUAUCGUGGACAACUCCCGUGGUCGGGGCUUCGCAUAAAAGAUCGCGAUGCGAGAGAGAAGGCUAUUGGUGAGAUCAAGCAUAAACUGACGACCGCGCAAAUCUGUUCCAGGUGCCCCGCACAGUUUGAGGGCCUGCUUGCCUACUCUCGCAAGCUGGAGUUUACGGAGAGUCCACAGUAUGAGAUGUGCCGCAUUCUCAUCAAGUCCGUCCUUGACACCAUUGGACCGAAUGUAAAGCACGAUUUCGUGUACGACUGGGUGACUGCAAAGAGAGUGGAUACCCUUUCUCCAUCCAUUCCGCAUGAGCGAAAGGCGACUGAUAACAAGAUGAGUCUCAGGAAAGGGGACAAGCACAAGGAAAAGGAUGCACCGACGACGGGCUCAAAAUUAUCUUGCUUAUUCCCCAAACCCCCCCAAAGUGCGGAGCAGGAUCUUGUCGUAUUGAAGAAAAAAUGA